AUUGCGCGUCUCCAAUGUCUUGUUAUCUCGCUUUUCGUUCUCACCACCAGGUCGUCGUCUCCUCCUUCCCCUUCUGCAAGCCUUCAUUCCGAAAACCCUCCUUCUUCUCCACCAUCUCCCAAACCAAAACCCUAACCCUAGAUGCCCAUCCAUUCAACCAUGGUCCGACUCUUCGCCACGUUCACCCUCCUCCCCUGCCGCCACCGCCCGAUUGGCGCAUUGACCGGGAGAGCUUCACCCGUUCCUUCGAUAUCGCUGCCCUGCGAGUCCCCGCGGCUGAGUGUUCCUCGCUUGAGCGCCGACUCCGAGGCCACCUCCUCAACUGGCCACGUGUGCGCAACAUCGCCCGUGUCCCUGGCGACGACCUCGACCCUGAGCUCAAGAAGCUUAUGCGGAGCUCGGAAGGGGAUGGUGGGGAUCGGCUUCGAUCGUUGGCUAAGCGUGUGGACGGGGAAUCAGAUGGUGACGAGGAGCAUCGCUUGAGCCCGGUGCUGUAUAGGGAGAAGCUCGUGAAGGACUUCAACUGUCGGGGGUUUUUAAAUUUCAGGAAUCUCGCGAAGAUGUCGAGGCCGAAGAAGAAGAAGAAGAACAGUCUGAAGAAUGGGAAAGAAGAGGGACUGGAAGUGAAGUGUGGAGUGGGGAAGAAUGAUUUCUAUGCUGUGGAAGUUGUUGGAGAUGGUGGUGUUGGAGAAGAGGAAGAUAUGAGCGGUUUGCUUGGAGUGGGUUUUGGACCAGGGAGGUGGAGAGGUCCGACGAGGCUGUUGCUGUUGGAUGAGCGAUUUGCGAAAAAAGGAGCAGAUGAACUGCCGAACGCUGUCAAGGCUGUGCUAGAAGGGUGUGCUACGCGGGAGAAGCUUUCAGUUGCUGAGCUUGUGCAAUGCCACCUGACCUUAUUUUAUGAUUAUUGGCAGAUGAAUGAGCUUCUUGAGGCCCUGCUCCCUGAGGAUAUGGUUGUUCCAACUGGUUUUGAAACAGUAGGGCACAUUGCACAUCUAAAUUUGAGAGAUGAGCAUCUGCCAUAUAAGAAUCUCAUUGCUCAGGUAGUCUUGGAUAAGAAUAAGCCAAAGAUACAGACGGUUGUUAAUAAAAUGGAUGCUAUCCACAAUGAAUACAGAACAAUGCAGCUUGAAGUGUUGGCUGGCAACCAUUCUCUUGUUACAACAGUUAUUGAGAAUGGGUAUCGCUUUCAAGUUGAUUUAGCUACUGUUUACUGGAACUCUAGGUUGGGAUCUGAGAGAAUAAGGCUUGUUGAUUGCUUCAUGGGCUCUGACAUAGUUUGUGAUGUAUUUUCUGGUGUUGGUCCUAUAGCUAUUUCUGCAGCAAAGAAAGUGAAGCAUGUCUAUGCCAAUGAUCUAAACCCUAUUGCAGUAGACUAUCUUGAAAGAAAUGUGGUUCUCAACAAGCUUGACAGAAAAGUUCAGGUUUUCAACAUGGAUGGCAGGAGGUUUAUUAGCACUGUUUUUGCCGGACAAAAUCGUCAUCCUAUCACACAAGUCGUCAUGAAUUUGCCGAAUGAUGCUGUGGAGUUUCUUGAUGUUUUCCAAGGUAUCUUGGGAAGUAAACUCAAGAAGGAUAAUUGCCAUCUACCAAAGAUUCAUAUCUAUGGCUUUUCCAAAGCAGAAAAUCCAGAGUUUGACUUCCAUGAGAGGAUCAACAAGGUCUUGUGUGACAAGGUGAUAGAGAUUGAUAUGCACAGAGUCCGACUUGUUGCGCCUGGAAAAUGGAUGCUGUGCGGAUCAUUUAUUUUGCCACCAAGUAUUGCUUUUGCGGAUUAACUGGUCCUUUUCAAUCUAUAAUUUUGCAUGGAUAUGUGGAUUCAUCAUGAUCUUAAUUGGCUACAUUGGCAAUCUUAUGCUAUGUUGGUGACAACUAGAUUUCAUACAUUAUUAAAGCCAAUGCCACAUCCCGCAUGGAAGGCUUCAUAAAGCAUUUUCAUUUUUUUUUUUUUUUUGGUUGUAACUUUUACCCCCUUGGCACCUACCCGGCCUGUACUAGAAUUCUUUCCACUCUGUUAAAGUUUUUGUUCUUGUUUGUAAAAUUAGCAUGCUUCUAUCCUUUUAUAGUGUAAAGGUGAUGCACUGUGUGCCUGACCUCACCCAGGAACCUGUGAGCUUGUCAAGGCCUUAUAUGUUAAUAAUUGUUACUAUCUUGGGGUUGCUAUUGCUAUUCAUCCUCAAACUCUGCAAUGUUGGCACGCCUGCAAAGUAGAAAUAAACUCACCAACUCCCUCUCUAGCAUUAUGCGCGUGUAUCUGCUUUCUUUACAGCUAAGCUUUCUCUACCUGGAAAAUCCCCAGCCCUCCAUUUUGCCUGGGCUUAAUAUAAUGCAAGAAAAAGCCUCAUAUUCACAAUUCCUUUUCUGGAAUCCUCAGCAGUGGAGGCAG